AUGACCUCCAGAAGCCACAACUCCUUACCGAGAACUCUGAUGGCUCCACGAAUGCUUUCCGAAGGUGCCCUCGGGGGCAUCGCCCAGAUCACCCCCUCGCUGUACCUGAGCCGGGGCAGCGUCGCCUCCAACCGGCACCUGCUCCUCUCCCGGGGAAUCACCUGCAUAAUCAAUGCGACCAUCGAGAUCCCCAAUUUUAACUGGCCCCAGUUUGAAUACGUGAAAGUGCCUUUGGCUGACAUGCCCAACGCCCCCAUCUCCCUGUACUUCGACAGCGUUGCCGACAAGAUAAACAGCGUGGCGCGGAAGCACGGGGCCACCUUAGUCCAUUGUGCCGCCGGCGUGAGCAGGUCGGCCACCCUCUGCAUCGCCUACCUGAUGAAGUACCACAAGGUAUCCCUCUUCGAGGCAUACAACUGGGUCAAAUCGAGACGCCCCGUUAUACGCCCCAACGUGGGCUUCUGGAGGCAACUGAUAGACUACGAGAGGAAGCUCUUUGGGAAGACGACGGUUAAAAUGGUACAGACACCAUAUGGCAUCAUCCCAGACGUUUAUGAGAGAGAGAGGAGACCCCUGAUGCCUUACUGGGGAAUUUAAUGUGACUGCAGACAGGAAGCACAACAGAAGGGACGCGCUGUUCUGAGUCGACCAGACUGGAGACAUUCCCUUCUCCUUCUACAGCCAACUUUGGUUCUUUACCACUCAGCAGAACCUCAACUAAUUCUCACCUCACUAACCUGCAAGGCCAACGAUUCCCUUCAAAGCAUUUCUCUCUACAGGGAUUCCCCCACCCGCAUUUCUCUGAUUUAGCAGAAUGAGGUCUCCUUAUAAGUUUAUUCCUUUCAUAAAGCCUCCCUCCCUUUUUUAGUCAGUUUAUUAGUAUCCUACGAGGAAAGGCCUAAGAGGCAUUUGGCAGAGUUAAUGAACAAAGUGCGCUUUGUGAUGCGGUAG